UGUCUGUGAGUAACACUGCUCCAGCUUCCGGAUCUCCCGGCACUGGGGAUCGGAACGCUCAGGUUGAAACAGAAAAUGGGUCAGUCCACUACCAGGUGUUAUAUUCAAGAUGGCAUUGCGAAAUUCCAUCAGCAGAUAUCUGGCUACGGAAUGCAGGAGCUGAGAAUCAUAUACGAGUAUUACAGAAGGGAGAUGAUUUACAUUGUGGAGACCAUGGGCACUGAGAUCCUGCUGAGGGAGUUGGCCUCUCGGAAUGUGCUCGAUGAAGAGCAAUAUGUAGAAACGGAAAAACAUGGCAAGCACUUCGAGUUUUCUGAGAAGUUGGUACAAGACGUGUUGGAGAGAGGAAGAGAAGCCGUGAUUGGAUUCUGGGAAUGUCUCUACGAUCUAGCGAUUGAUCACAGUUGUCCUACUUUGUCUGCGCUAGUGAAUGAAAUUGAUAAGACAGGUGACACGUUGAUGCAGCAGAUUCUAUUGGAUGGACAUGGCCACUCAUUAACGCCAGAGCUGAAAGAUCUGCAGGGACUUCACAAGCAACAUCUUCUGGAGAGAGCUCAGAAUCUAGACAAAAAUAGAUCACCAGGAUCUAUACAUGAAAAUGAACGUUUGUACAUUCCUGAACAUAAGGAUCUGAUCGUUGUCUCAAUUCGCCGCCCUCAUAAGUGGUCUCAGCAUUGGCUCAUAGAGAGUGGGAGGAAACAUGAGGAAUUUUUUCAAAUUGAACAGAGUAAGCUAGAAUGUAUUCCCCAUGGCAGACUGUUCCGCUGGUCAACUCGAUAUAAAUCUACACCGCGUUCAGUAGUAGUGAGCGGAGCACCGGGUGUAGGGAAGACCACACUGAUGCAGAGGUUUGUCUAUGACUGGGUGCAUGGAAAGCUCUAUCAGAGAUUUGCCUUUGUCUUCUUUUUCAAAUUCCAGGAACUCAACCGGCUGGAUGAGGUCAGCUUGGAGGAGAUGAUCCUUCAGGAAUGUCCCCACCUGCAGAACCACCUCCAGGACAUCUUACAGGAUCCAGAGAAAAUGCUCUUUAUAUUUGAUGGCUUAGAUGAAAGUGUUCACCAAAUGGAUUUCAGAUUAAAUAAAUUGUGCCGCGAUAUAAAGCAGAAAGAAAAUCUCGGUGUGAUUGUGGUUAGCUUGGUAAAACAGUCUCUUCUCAAGGGAUGCUCCAUACUAAUCACUAGUCGGACAACAAAGCUAUCAUCAGUUGGCACCAGGUUUUUCAAGCGGGUAACUGAGAUUAUGGGGUUGAUCCCCAGGGAAAGACAGAUGUACUGCGAGCAGUUUUUCAGGAACAAGGAAUUGUCAGAGAAAUGUUUUCAUUAUAUGCGGGAUAAUGGGACACUAUACAACUUCUGUUAUAUCCCAUCUUUCUGCGAGAUGGUGUGUACAGUAUUCUCAUCAUGCUUCAAAGACCACCCAACAAUCCAUGAUCAGGCAACGUCACCGUUGCCCAAAACGUUGACACAACUCUUUGUGACUUUUGUUGCCAACAUCCUGACCAAUCACAGCCAGGUGAGGGAGCGGGCUCGGGAACUGCUAACAUCUUUUGGACGGAUGGCAGAACAUGGAGUAAUGAAUCACAUUGUUGCAUUUAAUGAACAAGAUCUGGCGUCAUUUAAUGUGGAUCCAUCCUCACAGAUCUUUUCCAGUUUCAUGAAGAAAUCAGAUCAUCCUCCUAACACAAUCUUUUCCUUUAUACAUGCCACUCUUCAGGAUUUUUUUGCUGCCUUGGUCCAUUAUAUUAACGAAUGUCCUGAGACGUUACAAAAGUCCCUUGAAGAAGCCAAAUCACAUAAUGACAGCCGGGGUGAAAUAUUCCUUUGUUUCCUCUGCGGUCUCUCAGACAGCAACACUAGGUCCAUAUUAAAGCCUUAUUUGGGAGAACUAUCUUCUCACACUGCCAAAGAGGUCAUCACGUUUCUACAAAACCCCAUUGCGGACAUCCAAGAUUGGGAAGAUGACAAGAGAAAGUUUCUCAGUGUGUUCUUCUAUCUCUUUGAGACCCAGAAUAAGGAUUUUGUUUUAGAAUAUUUUGGAUCAUUCAAAAGUUUAGAAUUUUCCCAAAUCCACCUGACACCUCUGGAUUGCACGUUGCUGUCCUUUAUCCUCGAAUCCUGCAGAGAAACAGCAGAACUGCGUCUAGAUCAGUGUAACAUUCACAGUGAGUCCUUGGAGAGACUUGCACCGGCUCUACGUACUGUAAAGAGUUUAAGGUUUUAUAACAAUAAUCUGCGAGAUGACGGCGUUCGGUCCAUUUGUUCUGCACUAAUUCACCCUGAAUGCAAGAUCCAGACUCUGUCUUUGACAAUGACCGGACUGACCGACAUUUCCUGCUCACACCUGGGAUCUGCAAUAAGUAAUAACCAGUCGCUGAGAACACUGGACCUGGCAUAUAACAGACUGGAAGGCCCUAAAUUCAGUGACUUGAUGACUGCUCUGUCCAGCCCAACAUGUCGGAUAGAGGAGUUGCACCUGAACAGUUGUCGCUUGACGGACAGUUCCUGCUCCCCGCUGGCGUCUGCAAUAACUAAUAACCAGUCUCUGCGGGUGCUAUACUUAUCCGAUAAUAACUUGGCUGGGCCUCACUUCAGCGACUUAAUAGCAGCACUGUCCAGUCCGUCCUGCUGUAUAGAGGAAUUAAUGAUCCGAGAGUGUUUUUGGGAAAAUGAACAGUUUCCAUUACUAGUAUCACUGAGUAAUCCCACAAAGCUCAGGAAACUAGACCUGGGUAGUAAUAGAUUUUCAGAGGCUGACGCCUGUCACAUCGAGGAGCUAAUACUGAGGUCACCCAGCCUGAAAGAGAUCAGCAUCCAUUGUUAUCACACUGUGCCCUGGGAAAUAAGGGAAAAGCUGGAAAAGCUGCAGGAUCACAAGCCGGGCCUAUCGGUUGACAUUUACUGAACAUAUAGGAACCAUGACUGAAGAACAGCAGAGUGGACGACACGUUCCGGUUACCGUUUUUUUUGGUCGCUCGCAGUUGUUUUAUGUAUGCGAAUAAGAUGCACAUUCUGAGCACGAAAGAUGAUUGGCGAGGCCAAGUCACAUGGGACCAGAUGCACUGAGAGCGGUUGUAUGGCGAGACUGAAGUGACUGUGUAGGAGCACACAUCUGUAUGCAAUGAAAUUGCUGUAACUAACAUAGUGACCUGCUGCUACAGUAUAAUAAUGUGUCCCGAAAUAAACAUCUGAUGAAAGUGA